UCUCAUUUUACGAUAUUUCCAUUCUGGUUUACGGCAUCAGCGCGUGCAUAGUACAAGGUGGAAGCAAGCUUAGCUUGUCGGUGAUACUACUUCAUCUAGCAAAAAGGACAGUCGUGUUUUUGCUAAGUGUAAAGCUUACAUGUACUCGCUAGAAAGCUUAGCAUCAACAACAUAUUCCGGCAGUAAGGUGACUGCUGAAGUAGAAAUCUACUUUUCCCCGGGCAUGAGAAGUAACGAUAGCUAACGGAAGAAGUAUCAUAUACCGAUCCAGUCGAUUGUCUUAUAAACAUGCCUAUUCAACUGACAAGUCAGGCUUACUGUAAAAUGCUUUUACAUGCUGCCAAGUAUCCCCACUGCGCCGUGAAUGGAUUGCUGGUGGCAGAAAAAACCAAGGAGAAAAAGAAAGACAGACACAGUGACCCAGUCUUGUGUGUAGACUGCGUGCCGCUGUUUCACGGUACACUUGCACUGGCACCAAUGCUAGAAGUAGCUUUAACACUGAUCGAUACUUGGUGUAAAGAAAAUAAUUAUAUCAUUGUUGGAUAUUAUCAAGCCAAUGAGCGCACAAAGGAUUCAAGACCCAACCAAGUUGCAGAAAAAGUGGCUGCCAGGAUUUCUGAGAACUUCAGUGAAGCAGCAAUUGUUAUGGUGGACAACAGUAGAUUAACACUGAGCUGUUUUGAGCCUAUUGUGCUUAUCUAUGAUCAUCAUGAAAACAAGUGGAAAAGCAGAGAAGUAACUUCUGAGUCUUUUGAGGACUGGAGCGAAGCACAGAAGAUCACAUCUGCUCUGUUAGAGGGAAGGUCUUACGAGAACUUGAUUGACUUUGACAAUCACUUGGAUGAUCUAAGAAACGACUGGACCAACCCCAUGAUAAACAAGUCAGUCCUGGAUCUGUGCUAAGACCCUCAGUCAGGAGUAUCCUGGACACAUACACUGCUGCCAUUUCAGCAUGCAUAAUGCUACUUAUCGUGUAGCACAGGAGUACAAAAAUGCUGAACACAUAGUCUUUGUUCCAUCCAAAAGGUCCUGUACUGAUGGGAGCUUGUGGAGCACUGACCAAUUUGGCCAAAAUCUCUUAAGGGCAAGCGCUUUAUGUGCACUGCAGGAAUGUGUCCAUCUUCAUAAGGUGACUAAGUGCUUUUGAAUGCAAUCUAAAUGUUUUUUUUUUCUGCAAUGGUUUGUGUUUAUUCAUAGUUGUGUGCAUUAAAUUAAAUCCUAGAGUAUUUGAUUUAUUUUUUCCUCUUAAAUUUUAUGGCCAGUAGCCAUACAGAGAUCAAGUCCUAAAUGAAACUUAGGUGAUAAUAGUACUAGUGAGGUAUGAAAUAAUAUUCUUAAUUACAUUUUUAGUUUGUCUUAAGCCUUAGAACAACGUUAAUACAUCUAGGGCUGUAGAGAGAACUUUUGUGGGCAUUAAAU